AUGCGACCUUCAUUGUGUAAUAGUAGUAAUAGCCGCGAAAAUGAUGUUAGAAAAUAUAAUAGUGAUACACAAAUAAAUAAAAUGGAGAAAAUAGAUUUCUUUCAAUUUAAUGUGACCGAACCUUCUUCUCCAACAAAGAAAAAUAAUCAGAUCAAAAAAUGUUGGGUCAUAAUGGAAAAGUUAGCUGACCAAAUUAAAAAGAUAAAACAACAAGCGUCGCAUUACAGAACAAGCCAUCAUGAUAGCGAUAUGAAUAAUCCGUUUGUUUUCUUGGAGACUAGCUCUUAUUUUAGGAAUUCAAUAGAGUUUUCAUAUAUUUUCAACUAUUCCGAAGUGAAUGGCUUUCGACAGUCAUUUAUAUUGAAUCCAGAUGACGGGCAAAGAGCAGUUAACAAAGUCAAGCACAAAAAUGGCAAAUCUAGAAUAAAACAACAACAGACCCAUUUUAAGAGAGAGAAAAAAUCAACAAAUUCGUUGAUGAUGUCAACACAUGCAAAAAAUUUGAUUAAUUCGUAUGUCUCCUUUACAUUAUUAUACAUAUUUGCUAGUAAGAGUCAAUUUGUACCAGCAACAAAAGAUCAAAGAAAAAGUCAAUUUCAAUUUAAUUGUCUUUAUCAACAACAACCUCAAAUAACACUUGUAGAUAAUAAUCCUAAAGCUUUAUUAAAAAUAAGGCAGCAAAUACUAGAUUUCGAAAUACCUGCAGACUGGACGCGCAUACCUUUAGAAAGACUUGUUGAUAAAAAAGCAAAUAAGCAUAAUGACUAUUUAUAUCCAAAAGAUGCAUUUGAUUUAAUUAAAAACUUAAGAAACAAAAAGAAGAACAUAGAGAUUCAAAUUAAACGAAUCGAAGAAAGUAAAGAAUCAAUAUUAGAGUACAAAAUAAAGUUAGAUAUGCUAGAACAGAAUAGUCUUCAAGUUAUGUGA